AUGACAGAAAAGUCUACUUUGUCUAUAGUAAAUUAAAGUAGAUCUGCCAUCGCUUUUGUAGUUCGCGUUUUUAGCUUUACCAUGGCUAAAAUGCUGUUUUAAUCUGCAAGACGUGCCUCUAUAUUUACUGUAAACACGUGCAGUGAAAAGACAAUUAGAUAUUUUAUACGAUUUUAUGGUUACUUGCUCUAAUUUGACAAAUUGCGCUAGACCGCAUAUUUAAAAUGGCAGCCCUACCACGUAGAAUAAUCAAAGAGACACAGCGACUGAUGCAGGAACCAGUGCCAGGAAUAAGUGCGGUGCCCAGCGAAACCAAUGCACGCUAUUUUCACGUUAUCGUCACCGGCCCAGAGGACUCGCCCUUCGAAGGAGGACUAUUUAAAUUAGAAUUAUUUCUACCAGAAGAUUACCCUAUGUCAGCGCCUAAGGUUAGGUUUAUAACGAAAAUAUACCAUCCGAAUAUAGAUCGGCUCGGCAGAAUUUGUUUGGAUAUCCUGAAAGAUAAAUGGAGUCCGGCAUUGCAGAUCCGCACAGUGCUUCUGUCGAUUCAGGCAUUACUAUCGGCCCCGAACCCGGACGAUCCCUUAGCCAACGACGUGGCUGAACUGUGGAAGGUGAACGAAAGCGAAGCUAUUCGAAAUGCGAAGGAGUGGACGCGGAGAUAUGCUAUGGACAACUGAGCUCGUGCCGCCCGCACACACAUCAGUGCCUCCCCUACGCGCGCGAAACGAGGUGCGACAUGAAACUAACAGAAAUAUCAUGGAUUUAAGAGUGCAAGUUAUGUUACACACCCUACUUGUGAAGAGACAAUUGCAAAUAAAUUUUUAUCAUGGAUGGGCAUCGUUGCAGCAUGCCGGUCAGCGCUGCUGCCCCCGUCCGCUCAGGUUAACCCUUGCAUUUCUCUGUUGUAGCCUUGCCCGUGGAACCAGAGUUCCACAUCCCCACUGAUAGUUGUUUACAUUCACGUCUAGCUUCUUUACAAUAUUAGGUAUGCAUAUUUUUUUACUAUCAUUAAAAUAGUGAAUAUAAUAAAUAUCUGAAGACAAAUGUAUAUAUUUCAUGGUUACAAAUUUGGUUAAUUUUAUACAAAGGAUAAUGUGUAUUGUCACAAAGUUAGUCAUUUGUAUGUCUUACAAAGAACACCUUGAAAUGCGAAAUAAGCUUAAUUAUAUCAGUUUGCUGAUCUCUAGAGAUACUGAAUAAUUUUUUUCUAUUAGUAUGUGAAGUUUUAGGUAUAUUGUUUUCACAGUAUAAGCAACACCAAUAUAAUUUGUCUAUGGAUCUUUUGUGUAUUUACGUCUUGUAUAAAAGUUAUCAUUAAAAUGUAUUUAUGUAAAUUUAAUUUGGCUUUGUGCAGAAAUGAAAAUACAUAAUAAUAUACAAAAACCAA